ACCAAUCUUUAUCUUUGUUUCUCAAAUUUGCAUUCAAGGGAGGAGAAGCGAAACAACAUCCCAACCUUGUAAAAAUUGGGGAAGAAAUUGUUAAAAAAUGCGAAGGGGUUCCUUUGGUUGUGAAGACACUGGGGAGUUUACUUUUCUCCAAAAUUUCAGAACAUGAGUGGAAACUUGUGAAAGAUAGCGAGACGUGGGAAUUAAUGGAGACAGAAAAUGAAAUAUUUUCUGUUUUAAAACUAAGUUAUGAUCAACUACCUCCUCCUUUGAAGCAAUGUUUUGCUUACUGUUCACUCUUUCCAAAGGAUUAUAGAUUUAAUGAAGUAGAGACAGUCCAAUUUUGGUUGGCUCAUGGUCUUAUUCAGACCUCCAAAAAAAAUGAAGAUCUGGAGGAUAUUGGGAGGCAGUAUUUGAACGAUCUAGUGUCAAGGUGUUUUUUCCAAGAUUACGAGGAAGAACUUAUUUUUAUUAAUUUUAAAAUGCAUGAUCUUUUACAUGAUCUUGCAUUAUUAAUAGCAAAGAAUGAGUGUUCUACAGUUAGUUCUUCCAAGCAAGAUAUUGCCCAAGGAGUUCGACAUUUGUGCCUUACUAACUGUGAUUCUCCUGAAGAAAGCGACUUUCAAUUACUUAAUAAAGUAGGACAUGUGCGCUCAUUUAGGUUUACAGAUACGGAUAUAGGUCCUAGCAACAAAUCCUUUAUUGAAACAUGCCUCAAGAGGUUCCAACAUUUGCGGUUGCUUGAUCUACAAGGAUCUAAUCUUGAGGUAUUGCCCAGAAGGAUUGGAAAUUUGAAGCAUUUAAGGUAUGUUGACCUAUCCGGCAAUCACUUCAUCACAAAACUUCCUAAUUCCAUCUGUAAGUUGCAAAAUUUGCAAACUCUUUAUCUUGUUGGUUGUGACGGAAUUGAAGAGUUGCCUAGAGAUAUGAGAUACCUAAUCAGUCUCAGAUGUUUAUCAUUAACUACAAAACAAAAAGUCUUGCGUGGAUUAGAACGAUCUGCCAACACUUUAAAGUGCCUACAUAUUAGAGAAUGUGAGAACCUCGCAACCUUACCAGAGUGGCACAAUCUCACAUCACUUGAAAAGCUUGAGAUCAUCCAAUGCCCAAAAUUAUCAACUCUGCCAGAAAGGAUGCAGCGCCUCAAACAACUGUGGAUUAAAGAUUGUCCUGUUUUGAGUGAAAGAUGCAAACCGGAAAGCGGAGAGGAUUGGCCUAACAUUGCUCAUGUCUCUCGUAUAUAUCUGGACGGUGAUGAAGUUUCGUCUAAACAAUUAUCGGCCCCAUGAUUCGGGCAUAUCUCCAUUUUAUUGGUAUUGGGACUGGAAUUUCCCCUUGGUGACUGGAUUGAAGUACGGUUGAUGUAAUCCCUAAUUAAAAACAGAGUGGAGGGGUGUGCUUGGCUUCCCAUUUCUCCUAAUUGUUGGCUUUUUAUUUUAUCUACCUACUUGUGUUAUGGACAUAUAUAUUUGGUGUUUGCUUAUGUACUUAAACUCCUUUACUUUGUAUUGUUCAUGUAAUCCCUACUCUUUAUUUGUUGGUUUGUUGUGUUGUAUAGCCUUUGGAUUCAAAUUUUGGUUUGUAGUUUGUUUUGGUUGGGUGAACUAUGUUUAUGUUUAGUUUU